CACAGAGACAAUGGAGCAGCCGCACAGGCAGCCUCGCAGCCAGGAGGACCUGCAGCCCCAGAAGGAACGGUGGAGACAGGGAGCCACAGCUUGAGGCUCCGAUGGCGUCCCCAUUCCCAGCUCUGGCCCCAGCUCAUCCUGCCUGCUCAUCCUUCCCAGUGUUCAAGAAGGCAAGCCCCAAUGGAAAGCUCACUGUGUACCUGGGAAAGCGGGACUUUGUGGACCACAUUGACCUCGUGGACCCUGUGGAUGGUGUGGUCCUCGUGGAUCCUGAAUAUCUCAAAGAAAGACGAGUCUACGUGACGCUGACCUGCGCCUUCCGGUAUGGCCGGGAAGACCUGGAUGUCUUGGGUCUGACUUUUCGCAAAGACCUGUUUGUGGCCAACGUGCAGUCCUUCCCGCCGGCCCCUGAGGACAAGAAGCCACUCACGAGGCUCCAAGAGAGGCUCAUCAAGAAGCUGGGCGAGCACGCCUACCCCUUCACCUUUGAGAUCCCUCCAAACCUUCCGUGCUCGGUGACAUUGCAGCCAGGGCCGGAGGACACAGGGAAGGCCUGUGGUGUAGACUAUGAAGUCAAAGCCUUCUGUGCUGAGAGCCUGGAGGAGAAGAUCCACAAAAGGAAUUCUGUGCGGCUAGUCAUCCGGAAGGUUCAGUAUGCUCCAGAGAGGCCUGGCCCUCAGCCCACGGCUGAGACCACCAGACAGUUCCUUAUGUCGGACAAGCCUCUGCACCUUGAGGCGUCUCUGGAUAAGGAGAUCUACUACCACGGAGAACCUAUCAGCGUCAAUGUCCACGUCACCAACAACACCAACAAGACUGUGAAGAAGAUCAAGAUCUCGGUGCGCCAGUAUGCAGACAUCUGUCUCUUCAACACAGCUCAGUACAAGUGCCCGGUGGCCAUGGAGGAGGCUGAUGACACUGUGGCGCCCAGCUCAACGUUCUGCAAGGUCUACACGCUGACUCCCUUCCUGGCCAACAACCGAGAGAAGCGGGGACUCGCCCUGGACGGGAAGCUUAAGCAUGAAGACACAAAUCUGGCUUCCAGCACUCUGCUGAGGGAAGGUGCCAACCGUGAGAUCCUGGGGAUCAUUGUUUCCUACAAAGUGAAAGUGAAGCUGGUGGUGUCUCGGGGCGGCCUGUUGGGAGACCUCGCAUCCAGCGACGUGGCUGUGGAACUACCCUUUACCUUAAUGCACCCCAAGCCUAAAGAGGAGCCUCCACACCGCGAAGUUCCAGAGAGCGAGACUCCGGUAGACACCAAUCUCAUAGAGCUUGACACCAAUGAUGACGACAUUGUAUUUGAGGACUUUGCCCGGCAGAGGCUGAAAGGCAUUAAGGAUGACAAGGAUGAAGAGGAUGAUGGCACUGGCUCUCCACACCUCAACAACAGAUAGACUGGGGCCAGCCCACACCCUGGCAGCUCCAGGUUCACGUCUGCACUCGAUGCUUUCUCGUCUCCUUCCCAUUCUGGUUCUCCCUUCCCUUUUGUUCUUCCAGUUUCUACCAGGGGGCCCCAGUGGUCUUCCAAGUCUCGGUGAUGAGCCUCUGGCCUCAGAACUGGCCUCACGUCACCAUGCCAGCAGGACCAUAGCACAUCCUCAGCCAUCCCUCUGCAAUCACCUGUCCGCCCCCUUUUCAUGCUCAUUCCCAGAAAGGCCACACUGCCUGGCCUUGGGAUUUGGCUUGAGGUGGGGAGCAGAAAUGGGAGACUGGGGCCAGAAGGCCACAGUGAUGGUGGGUAUGAUGAUAUGUAGGGGUUGGGCAAGAAGAUGUUUGCAGUCCCAGGAGGUGACAGUUUGGGCAGCUAAAAGAGGACUUGUAUUGAAGGUGGGAAAGGGCUGGACUUGUGACGAGAGUCUUGAUGAUUUUAUUUUAUUUUUUUGUGGUCCAAGCCUACCAGAGACUCCACUCCCUCUACUCUCAUCCUUGGUCCAUGUCCCUGUAUCUCAUGGGGGAGGCACACAGACCCCAGGAGUGAGGAGCAAUAGGCUGCCUUUCUAACCAGCAGACACCUAGACUGAGGCAGGCUCUACAUCCAGCCGCACAUAUACUGAUGGGAUGAGAUAUCUUAGCUUUGUUACAGUUUGUGUGUGGGCACAGAGUGGGGAAGUGGGUAUUUAACAAACACCAGCCCCUGGUAGUGAGCCAAAGCUACUGAGGAGGCUUUCUGAGGGAGGUUGAGAAGAUGAGGCAGGGCAGGGAGAUGAACUUGCCUCCUCCUCUUUAGUGGAUAGUCCUGCAGGAAGCAAGGAUGGGGGCUACAGGUGGAUGGAGUCCCCAGUGUCUUCCAACUUCUGGUAGUUCUCCAGUGACUUGGCUCUACAAGCCAGGAGAGAGAGCUACCUGAGGCCACCAUUCUCAUGGUUAAGGGAACCCAUUCCCAGAAGGUGGCCUCCAUAGAGAUGUACUCUCUAGUAGGAAGGCAGCUGGCUCCUUUCCCGAAGGAGUUGACCCCACUGGUAUGCAGAGUCAUGGUGGUAUCCAUCAGCUGGUGUCAGUGUGAUUUGGCUGGGGUGUCUUGGGGUAACAGAACAAACAGGUGGUAAAACAAAGUGCUUAAAGAUAUCCUUGUUUGGUCUUUGAUGCCAGCUUCUUGUGUGACCUUGGGCCAGUUUUUUGUCGGAAAGCCAAGAGGUAGACCAGAUGAUCCCAAGAGUUUCCGGUUCUAGCUUCUGUAAAUUUGUGGCUCUCAGGGCCUCUGAUCUACCUGGUGGAGCUGGGAUGCCAGCUGCUCCAUCUGCCUUCAGAGGAGGUUGUUGGGACCUCAGAGGACUCAGGGCUGGGCAGAGCACUGAGUGCGCCUUCCUGCCCUUGGACCUAAUCGGCUUGUCUGAUCUCACGUUGUGGCCACAGCUUUUGCAACCUUCUCUGUGCCAGAGCUUAUGUUUGCUGAGGUUUGCAUGAGAAGUGAGUGGACAACCUUGGUUUUCUCAAACAUAUUGAUUAGCAGGGCAAGAGGCUCUCAUCUUGAUUUCGGGUCCCUUUUUCUUAGUUCCAUGCUUGUCUGAGAGGGGAGACCGCAACCUUUUGUUUGUUUUUGAGACAGUACCAUGUAGCCUAGGAUAGGCACGAAUUCAGUGUGUAGCUGAGAAUUACUUUGAAUUCUUGAUCCUCUUGUCUCAAGUGCUGGGAUUACAGGCGUGUUCCACCACUACUGGCUUUGUACUUUAUUAUACAGAUUGAAUCCCAACCAUUUUCAGCCCAUCAUGCCCAACGAUUGCAAUUGCUUCUCAUGGUGAAAUGAUCCAGGCCCACUGGCCCUGCACCUCCUAAAUCUCAUAAGCAGUCAACUCAAGGCAGAUUAGAACAGCUAGCUUGGGGCAGUCAUAUUCCCUGGCCAGCCCUGGGGUCCUACCUGCAGGCUCCUCCGGCAUCCAGCCCCUGCCAGAGCUAGCUGGGCACUUUUGCACCUAUAGAAUUGAUUAAAAUCUUGAACAGUGUAAGGCAAGCAUGUGCCCGCCACUCCUUUCCACUAAAACCUUUGGAGCUGAUUCAAAGCCUGUUAGCAUUUGGGCUAACUCCUCCUCUCCCCCAUCCUUACCUUGUACAAGCAAAGGAUCUCUUUGUCUAGAUUCUUGAGCUUCCUGAACUUCAGCAUCCCCAGUCACCCUUUGGGUUUAUCCCACAGAUCAACUGAAAUUUCUUUACCUGCAGGGAAGCAUCAAGGCCCUGGCUGCCUCUGUGUACUUUGAGCCAGGCCUGCCUGAGGCAAUGAUCAAGUUUGGUCCCAGCCAAACCAUCCUUUCUGACAGCUUUUUUCUUUUAUGCUGGGUACUGUAGACACUGAGAUGAAUCUCUCCUUAGAAUCCUUGUCUAUAGAAAGCUUCUGGCCAGGGGAAAGUUAGAGGCCAGUGUUGACAGUGCUGGCCACAGCUAGUCCACGGAGUGCCUUGUGAGCUUGGAUACAGUAUCCCUUCCAGGUGGAUUCAAAAUCACCCUGGGAAUUACACUGCAGGAGACUGCAAUUUGGUGUCAUUUGCCCCUGCUUCGCCAUCGUGUGCUGCCAUGAUGGGUGAAAUGCACAAGUUGAUGUGUUUCUUCGGUCUAGGCCUCUGGUGUUUUCCAGACACCAUGCCUCACCUCAUCCCACAUGACCUGGUACUUCUCUGCGGGGCUUUCCUUUGUCCUGGAGUAUUCCUGGCCUGGCCAGGCAGCACUGGGAGUGAAACUGGAGACAGGAGAGCCUCAUGAGCUUCCAGCAUCAUUGAGUGGUAUUGGCCUUUUUCUGUGACAGACUGGGGCGUGUGCCACCAAACAGCCCACACUGGGACUUUCCAAAGGGCACAUGUUGAUGCCAAUCUGGGCAGGGAGUGCAUGCUUUGGAAAAAGCUUGUCAGUCCAGCUUGGACUUGCCUGGUGCCCCAGCCAAGAGAGGAAUUCAGUUCCCAGAAAGAUAAGGACUGAGCUGCUUGGCUGGACGCAUGGCCAUUUCAGCUUUAAAGCAUAGCUGGCUCCCCGUGAAGGGUGGCUGAGAGCCUGAUGCCCACCUGGUGCAGCGAAAGGGCCACCUCUCAGUCCCUACUCGCUAGAACAAUAGCCUUUGUCUGAUUUAUUUGAGGGAUUGCUAUGGGCUCAAGGUGAGGUGAGAGCCAGGAACCAGUCCUCUGUAGGCUGCAACCUGCUGCACAGGUGCGGCCCUGGCACCGCAGGGAGGAGGCCCGAGGUCACGCAGGAAGCUCGCUGCGGAAUGAGCCCUCUGUUUGCCAGUCUCUGUCUUUUGUCCUGAUUUUCCCAGUUAGAUAUCAGCCACAAGGACAAUCAGCCAUUGUGGCUUUGGUGACCACACUCGGGGAGAAGUGUAGGUGCUAUUGUUUAAGGAUGGGUCCCAGCAACCAGCACGCAGAAGACAUGGGUGUUGUCAGUGACUGGGGGUAGGAGGGUGGGGAGGAGCAUCUUGUGCCUGGACUCUGACUGUAGGUCAGGGAGAUGAACCCACUGUUGUGCCACCCAAGAAACCCAAGGGUGAGAGGAAGUAGAGGUUGCCUCUUCUAAGUAUAAGAUCUCGUCCUGGAUCAACAGAUCCUCCACUACAGCUCCUUGGAGACCUUUGGGAAUGUCCAGUCCUCUUGCUCUGGGAGCUGAGACCUAGCUGAUCCACUCACAGAAGCUUCUGUAACCCAGGGCAGCUCUCUCCCACCAAUGGCUAAGGCUCCCAUCCCUCAGAGAGGGGCUAGGCUUCAACCGUGAACUCCCAGGACACAGGCUGCUGUCUGUUCUGAUACUUACUCUUUUUAAACUUAAGGACCAAAUAGGACUUCACUGAUUUUUAUCCACAGAGCCUGUCUUGGGCCUGGUCCAGGCAGCUCCACAACUUCUGCCCUCCCUCCUGGCUCUAAGCAGCCUACCGAUGGGAGCAGAUCACACCUCUGCCCCCAUGCACACUAGCUUCAACGGGAGGCCCAUGGAAGGGGAAGCAACCUCCCUCAGCAUCGCCAACUUGUUACCCCCGAAAGGGAGGUCAAAGUCAAAGCACAGGUCCCUGGGACCCACUGUCUGCAGACCAAGCACACCUCUCGGUGUUCCACACAGCCUCCCAGGGGGCUGCUACCAGGAGAAACUGGGGAAGGGGGGCUGAGACUCCAGCCCUCUCCUCAUUCCCACCUUCUCCGGAAUAACUGCUUUUAACUCUUGUCUAUUGAGGUUUCACUUUUAAAUUCUGCUUUGAAGAAAACCUUCAAACCACCGUUCUGGGGGUUGAUCUUAGACCAGCAAGCACAGGCUCUCUUCUUGCUUUUGUGUGUUGGGGUGACUCCAGCAUCCUGACACAGACUUUGUGUUGGAACUCAGGUCACCAGGUCCACGCAUUUGAGCGCACAUGUGCACUUGUUUUCUAGUUGAGCCACCCUCAAGCUUGGGGAUGAGUUUGAUGUGGGCUGGGCCUGAUGCUCAGUGAAGGUAGACCUUGGUCAUGAUAUUGGCGUGUGCUGCACAGGGACCAUGGAGUGAGGAUCGAGGCCCAAUGUCCACUCAGGACUCGUUCUUAGGCAAGGCCCGUGGCUUGACAGGAAGAGCAGGGCAGUGGGAGGAGGAGCUAGGGUUGGCUUCUUUAUGCACAGCCAAGGGGUAGGAAUCCAGGUUCGAGUAAGAGAUGUGCUGGGGAAAGCUUUUCUGAGGUAGGAUUCCUGAGGGGCAUUUAAAGCAAAUCUUCAUGAGUGACUCUCCUAAGAUUCUAUUCCACACAUGUAGGUGUCCAUGUACACCACAGGAGGCUUUUGUGCCCAGAGAGAGGCUGACCCCCCCUUCUGCAGUCCACCAGCUGCCCUCUCUCAUGGCCUGCAGUGGCAUAGGGAUUCACUUGCAGGACAGCUCCUUGAUAAGACUUAGGUCAGCCUUUGGCAAAAAGGCCUGCCUGGGCCCACCUCUUGGGGCAUUCUGGGUGAGGAUUUGGAGCCCAGGGCAUUGCCAAUUACAUGGCAUGAGAGAAAGAAUGCCAGCGGGUGUUUAUAAUCAGUGCAAGUGUGGCCUAGGAGACCCCACUGACCUCAGAUUCCCAUGUGUAAAGGGCUAGUACCAGGCUCUGCCCACCUUAUAGGGACUACUAAAAGGGAAAUAAGGGUGGUGGGUAGGAAGAGAGGUCGUAUGAGGUGGCAGGGGAUAGGAUCUUGGCCUGGGUUGCCCACCCACAGGGCCCACACAAAAUGGCACUGCAGGAUUUGCUGUCUGCCCUGGGUAUCUCUGCUCAGGGUUGGGUCCAGUAGGGGCUGCUUCGGGGCUGCCUCUUCCGAGGAGUGGGAGCCGACGUGGGUCCUGGGUGUGGUGGGGCGGGGUGGCUGGGGCGGUCUCAGGCCUGUGGACCUCUGUGAAGUGAUGAUUUGUGGCACAUUCUUUCCUGGACCACGUCCAGGUCAACCUGUUGUACCUGUGGCCGCCCUUGUCCCGUGAAGUCAUUAUAGUUUAUUCAACUCUAACAGGACAAAUGAGCAAAAGAACCUUGAACGAGAGGCCAUUAAAGGCCUUUUGUGAUGGAGCA